AUGGAGGAUACUUAUAGGUCUUCUCAAAAUUUUUCAAAAAUUUCUAGAAAAAUUUUCAAAAAAAUUUCGGAAAAAUUUUUUCAGAAAAUUCAAAAAAAUUUUUCUUUAGAUAUCCUCAUUGAAAUUAGCAGUUAUUUGCACGUUCACAACCCCUACCUCGUAUUCAGACCAUUACCAGCACAAAUAUCAGAUGCUAUAAUGUACUAUCAAGAAAGGGGAGAAAUAAUUUCUAAUCAAAUAAUUUUUCGUUGUUAUGGAGAAAAUUUUGAAAAAUUAGCAUUGAGAGAAAAAAGGGAAAAUGAAGAGACUGGCAGAGAAAAUGAAAGGGAGAGAAGAGAGAAUAAUUUUGACUACUGUAAUUAUUCUGAUUUUAAUUCUUCUGUUAAGAGAAAAACAAAAAAGCUGGAUUACAUCAAUUUUAAAACUUUUAAUUUAAAAGCGAGAAGAACAAAAAUUGCUGUAGAACAAUUUAAAGAUAGGUUAUUAAAUAUUAGAGGACUGUGGCAUUCUUUUCCCCGCCUAAUUUGUAGAGAGGGAGGAAUUCAAGCUAAACCGGGAGAAAAAUGUUGGAAUGGGGAAAAUUUUUAUUUUGAAGAUGUUCAGUCUAAAAUUAGAGAAAAUGCAACAAUUAAUGGCAACAAUAAUGGUGAGAGAUUAACUAUAACAACAAAAACAAUGUUACAAAUCCAAAAAACGGUUGAAUAUUUAGUUAGACAAAAUGAGGAAUUAUUUUUAUUAGAGGCUAUAAGACAAAGAAAUGUUGAAAAUAAUGAGAAAAAUAGUGAAGAUGAAAAGGUUAUUAAUUAUUGGGAUGAAGAAACUAAUUGGGAUGUUGAAAGAUUAGAGGGUUCUAAAGUAAAAAGGAAUAGGGCAGCAACUACUAGAAUUUACCAAAUAAAUAUUUUAUUAUUUUUAAUUUUUGUGAUAAUUAUUAUUAAUUUUGUUUUGUAA